AUGGACGAUACACAUCAAAGCCGACCAUCCGACGCAGCAUCUGCUGCUACACGUAAGCGUAGGUCUUCGAUAUUGAAAAGCCAGCGACCUCCGCGCACUCCAUUUUCAGAGCUGGAAUUUCACGUUGCUACACCCACGGACACGGCUAAAAGUCGUCGUGUCAGCUUCUCCAGGCGAACCGGGGUUGCAGAAUUCGUUACCAACGAAGCAACAACAACAUGGAAGAAUUUUUACGAAGAGCACAACAAGUCUCUCGAGUUAUCCGGAAACGAUUCUGUAGCGAAUCCGCCGAAGCAGACUAUUGGUCAUCUCGGGAAACGGAUAUUUGACCAACAGUUUCAAGAGGUCGAAGCCGUGGACUUCACCUCGCUCGAUAACCCCAGUAGAACUAUUAAUACCUCAUUGAAUAAAGUUAAUUUCACCGAACAGUUGGCCUCUCUUGAAUGCACUAGCGGUGACAAAACUUUGUUAGCUCCACAGCAGAAUUUCGAAAUGAGCUCUUUUACCGAUCAACAAACUAAUGUCUUUGGUGAGAAUUUUGUCGUUUCUACAAUGGGUGAAGAGUCUGGUGGUAUCAACAUUAACUUCUCUGCCAUACAGACAAUAGGUUCUAGUGAAGUCGUAGAUGACCUAGAUCAAAUGCAAGCAGAUUUGUUGCGGGUUAAAAGCAAUAUAUUCUGUCCUGGUCCCUUUACUGGUAGGGCAGACUUAUCAGAAUAUAUUGAGGUCGAUCUAAAUACUACUCAUGUAACAAUGAAAAAUGAUGUAUCUGAUAUGUCCAUAACUGAUACUAUUCAUAGUCCAAAAGUGCAGGAAGUGUCUAAAAAUAAUUCAAUUAAAAUCAAUAGAAGUCAAUACAAAGAUUUAGUGGCAGAUAAAGAAAAUAUUGUUAUAUUUGAUAUGGGCUGCUCCCCAGUAAACACCACUGAAAAAAGGAAAACCAUUGUUUAUGAAAAUGAAAAUGUUUCUAUUACUCAAGGUUUACCUAUGAAUAUAAUUUUACCUAAAGAUAAUAAAUCUGAGAAAAGAAGGACAAUAGUCUAUGAAAGCGACGCCGCAGACAUAUCUGUAACACAGGCUGUGCCUGAUAAUAUUAUGUUAGAUGAUACAAACAAACGCAAGACGAUACUUUCUCAUAAUGAAACUGGAAACAUUUCUAUUACUCAAGCUCUACCUAUGAAUAUAAUCUUACCUAAAGAGAAUAAAUCUGAGAAAAGAAGAACAAUAGUGUAUGAAAACGACGCUGCCGACAUAUCUGUAACACAGGCUGUGCCUGAUAAUAUUAUAUCAUAA